AUUUUCCGCAAUGACAUUUAUGACUUCCUUAAAAUUGCACACACAUCAGGAGUAUAUAAGGAGUCCAGUGGGCCAAGAGAAAAUCAGUAGCAGCCCGACUUCGUUAAAGAAAAGCACCAGCUUCCUCAUCAAAUUUUUAAUUGGCCAAAAUGUCGAACAACGAAACCAACCAACUCCUGCAGCGCCUGAUUAGCCUGAAUAUUGUGGAAACCCAAACCCCCAAGGAGAAAACGGAGCUGGGAAAGCGAGAGUGCUACUCACUGGACAGCAAGAACUACAAAAUAGUGCCCGCCACCCCCAGCAGCGGAGGUCCUGGGAAGUUUCAAACCGAUCUCAAGAAACGCCGCAAAAAUAAACUCAACCGUGUUUAUGCCUACGAAGGGGAUAAGAAUUUCAUCAAGGCUCGCAAAUCUUUGAAUUUCUAAUCAUGUAAUCGUAUAUAUUCCGAUGUAAUCACUUUAGUCAUAAGCAUCUCAGAUUUCAAAUCGAAUACUCCUCAAUUGUCUUAGCUCCGAUACAAUAAAAUAUACUCUUAUUCAAA